AUGGAUUUACCAAGGUAUAGCGAAGAGUAUAGUGACGGUGUUCAACGUUUUUUGGACUUCGCUUAUUCUGAUGGAGAUCCUCAAGGUGAAGAAAUUCAAUGUCCAUGUGCAAAGUGUUGUAACAUCCCUUGGUGUCGAAGAGGUGUAGUAUAUAAUCAUCUAAUAUGCUACGGUUUUGUUAAAGGUUACUCAAGAUGGAUUAACCAUGGGGAAUGGGACUUUCCAAUGGAAGUUGAUGAUGAAGUUAACUUAUAUGAUGACAUCGAUGGGUUGUUGAAUGAUCAAUUUAGAGAUAUUACACAAGCUGAAGGAGUUUAUGAAGGCCAAAAUGAAGAUGCCAAAAAAUUCUAUAAGUUAGUUGAUGAGGCAAGCCAAGAAUUAUAUCCUGGUUGUAAAGGAUUCUCUAAAUUAUCAUUCACAAUUCGACUAUAUUUGUUGAAGUGUCUACAUGGAUGGAGUAAUGCAUCCUUUACUUCCCUCUUGGAGUUGUUGAAAGAGGCGAUGCCUGAGUUGAACAUUCCUUUAUCCUAUAAUAAAGCCAAGUCUAUGGUAAAGGAUCUAGGUCUUGAUUAUAAAAAAAUUGAUGCAUGUCCCAAUGACUGCAUGCUGUUUAGGAAUGAACAUAAAGGUGAUGAAAAUUGUCAUGUUUGUGGAGCUUCACGAUAUAUUGAGUAUCCUGAAGUAGAUAGUGAGCUUCAGUCUUCCAAAAGAUCUCAUCGUGUUGCUGCUAAAACUUUGAGACACUUUCCAUUAAUUCCUAGACUCAAAAGGCUAUUUAUGUGCUCAAAGACAGCGGAUAAAUUGAGGUGGCAUGACGAGGAGCGGUCCAAAGAUGGAAAGUUAAGGCACCCUGCUGAUGGCCAAGCAUGGAAAGACUUUGAUAGCCUUCAUCCAGAUUUUGCAAAAGAUUCUCGCAAUGUGAGACUUGGCUUGCCAUUAAUAGAAGAGUUGAAGGUAUUGUGGGAGUUAGGGGUAGACACAUAUGAUGCUUCGAGAAAUCAAACCUUUCAAAUGCGAGCAUCUCUUAUGUGGACAAUUAAUGACUUCCCUGCAUAUGCUAUGUUAUCCGGAUGGAGUACAAAAGGAAAAUUGGCUUGUCCUUGUUGUAAUUAUGGCACUAAUUCUUGCUAUCUGAAACAUAGCCGGAAAAUGUGUUACAUGGACCAUCGUGUUUUUCUACCCAUGGAUCAUCCAUGGAGAUCUAACAAAAGGUCUUUCAAUGGAAAAACAGAAUUUAGGCCUCCUCCACAAUUGUUAAAGGGAACCGAUGUGUUUAAUAUGUUACAGAAUGUUGAAAAUGUGUUUGGGAAGAAGCAAAAGAAAUCAAAUCACAACUCGCUUCGCCACAACCUUGAUGUAAUGCAUAUUGAGAAGAACAUAUUUGAUAACAUAAUAGGAACACUUUUGGAUAUAUCUGGCAAGACGAAGGAUCAUGAAAAUGCUCGUUAUGACCUCAAAGAGAUGGGCAUUAGGAAAAACCUUCAACCAAAAGAUACAAAGGAUGGCAAGAAAAUAAAGCUUGCACAAGCAUGCUACUUUAUGACUAAGGGAGAAAGAUCUACUUUUUGUGGUGUUUUAAAGAAUGCAAAGCUACCUGAUGGUAGUGCUUCGAACAUUUCCCGAUGUGUGCAACCAGCCGAAAGAAAAAUAUCUAAUUAUAAGACCCAUGAUGCCCAUUUCAUGCUACAUUACUUGUUGCCAAUACCAAUUAAAAGCAUACUUCCUGAUCAUGUUGCUAUUCCUUUUAUUCGUCUAAGCUCCUUUUUUCGUCGUUUAUGUCAAAAGGUUAUCACACCAGAGGAUCUAGAUUGUUUGGAAGCAGAGAUUAGAGAAACAGUGAGCCAAUUGGAGCGAAUUUUUCCUCCUUGUUUUUUUGAUAUAAUGGUUCAUUUGGCUAUCCAUUUGCCAAACGAGCUAAGAUUAGGAGGUCCAGUCCAGGGCCGAUGGAUGUAUCCUCCUGAAAGAUUUAUGUGUAGGUUCAAGUCGUAUGUUCGUAACAAAAACCAUGCAGAAGGAUCCAUUGCUGAAGCAUAUCUAGUUGAAGAGUGUCUAAAUUUAUGCUCAAGAUACUUACAUGGUGGUGUACAUACUAGAUAUAAUAGAAGAUCCCGAAACAAUGAUGAAUGUGGUUCAACUGAUGCACAAACUUGUAGUUUGUUCCCUGACAAAGGUUGUCCUUUAGGAGGGAAAAUGGGUGAUCCAGAUGAGCUAGAUGACAAGUCACUAAAUCAAGCACAUAGAUACAUAUUGAGCAAUUGUGAAGAAAUUCAAGAUUAUGUCAGAGAGCACGAGCUUGAAGUUAAUAGUCAUGAGCGAAGAUCUAAAUGGAGAAAGGCCAAGACUCAUAGUCAAAACUUUGCUCAAUGGUUUGAAAGCCGUGUUUUGCAUGACGAUGUGCCUGAUUUGAUAAAACAAUUGUCUAGAGGACCAAGUUCAAUUGCUAAAAGAUACUCUGGGUAUCUCAUUAAUGGAUAUAGAUUCCAUGUGAGGCAGCGUGAUGUAAGGAGAAAAACACAAAAUAGUGGUAUUACAUUAGUUGCACUAACUACAAGUUUUGCAAGCUCAAAGGAUAAAAAUCCAGUUGAUGCAAAUGUGACUUAUUAUGGUCAUUUUAAGGUUGUGUUGUUUAAGUGUGACUGGUAUGAGGCUGCAGAAGAUACUUACGGUCUUACUUAUGUCUACUUCAACAAGAGAUGCUAUCAAGAAGAGCCCUUUGUGCUAGCAUCACAAGCACACCAAUGCUUCUAUGUGCAAGAUCCAUAUGAUCAAGAUAAACACUACGUUAUGAAGACCGUCCCGAGAGACUUGUUUAGCAUAAGUGAUCAACUAGAAUCUGAUGCUCCUCACUGUUAUGGAGAUGAGUCGUCUGAACAUUCGAUGGCCCCGUCUAUACCAAAUGAUAAUGGUGAAGUUGUUUUAGUAAGGAGUGAUGUACCUGAAACCAUUAUUGAUGUGCCUCUAGAAGGAUUUCUUGCGCAACAAACUGAAAUUGGAUCUGGAGAUGAGUUUGAUGUAUUUCAGCAUUUCCGUACUAAGUUUCAGCAUUUUAGUACAGCUGUGUUUCAGCAUUUCUGUAGUGUUGUGCUUCAGGAGUUUUUCAGCAUUUCGUUUCAGUAUUUUUGCACUGAAUUGUCUGCAUUUUCUGCACAGCUUUUUCAGCAUUUCUGCACAGUUUUUCAGCAUUUCCGUACUAAGUUUCAGCAUUUUAGUACAGCUGUGUUUCAGCAUUUCUGUAGUGUUGUGCUUCAGCAGUGA